CAGUGAACACUACCUCCACUUUUUGAAGUUUUUUUUUUUGAAUUUUAGAAUCACUCACCUUUUUUUUACCUAGUAUAAGAUCCUCGUACACGGCCAUCUUGGCUCCCUACGCACGACUUCAACUAACACUUGGUGUCAGAAAAUAAUGCCCUCGAGCGCUAACUCCGCCACUACAGCUAUGGAUUCUUUUGCUACGUUGUCUGCCAAUGCUGGGCAAAUGGCGACGACGAUGUGGGCUAAAGUCGCAGAGGCACUGGGCACUGCGAACAGCAGUUUGAAAGUGCAAUACCAAGGCUUCCAGAGGGCUUAUCCAGAAAGCGGUCUUCCCGCGUGGGAAGUAACGCAGGUACUGGCUGCGACGACGGUGAGUGUGUCGACCUUGCUUUUUCUCUCGUGUCGCUCUGGUGCUAAGGCAGCCCACAGUGCUUCUGGAAACAAAUCGAAAAAUGCGAAUAAAAAGAAGAACAAAGCUCUUGGUACUGGAGGAGGUUCUGCUACUGGAGGAUCUUCGACGGGUCAGUCGAAUACGAGCACCACCUCAAAGAAAACUACUCCUCAACAAGCUGAGACAACUAACCUCCAAUCUACUUCUCCGGAAAAAGCUCCUGCUGCCGCUGGGAAUGGACACGUGGUUACAAGUGUGAAGGAGGAAGCGACCGUACCAAAGGCGGCUGUGAAGUCGAAUUUAGGAUUCUUGUGGAUCAUGUUGUUUCAUACAGAUACAUAAUAGAGACAGCAGCAACAAUCCUCGAAAUUCCACUCCUAUCAGUUCUAUCAUAGUGAGAGAUUCAAUGAUUGAACUCCAUCGCGAUUGUAAGUACUUCUUUCUAUUCCACUUUGUUUCAGCAUCAUCGCGUUAUGUUCACCUUUCAUACCUCGUCAAAACCGCGUCUCCUGCCUACGCAGAGACAGCGUUGAAUGUCCACCUUUCAUACCAAGCCAAAGCGCCUGUGGCAGCAGUCGCAAAGACGGUGUUGAACACGCCUGUGAAGCAACUGAUCAAGCUGAAGAAGCAAGAACUAGCCGAACUGCGACAGAAGGAGACGCUGAAUAACCGAGAACGCCGAUUGCUCAAAAAACUGGAGCCUGAAAUUGAAGCUUUGUUAUGAUGAAGUGUGAUUGCUUAGUAGUUGCUAGAUUGGUAGAUGAGCCUGAAGUUGAAGCUUUAUUAUGAUGAAGUGUGAUUGCUUAGUAGAAGUUGCCGUGUCUGUACUCGGGUCACAACUGCACCAGGCAGCUACUCGUAGCUGCUACGUGGUUGGAAUGAGUGAAUGACGAACAUGAAGUGUGUAUGUGCUUCAAAAUUAGGAAUUGCUUGGUAUUGCGUUGAAAAACGGUUCUUGUUCUGGUCAGAGUGAAUUACCGGCACAUGAAUCACUGAUCAAUGUCUAAUCCACGCCGCAUGCGAAGUGAACAAGCAAGGGAUGUGCAAGUUCCCUGAAAAAUUCCUUCCCGCCACCGCUGAGCAAGACGGGGGCUCUGGAUCGAAAAAGAAGGCGGAUGACAGUGAAGACGACGAGAGUCCCAAAAAAAGGACGACCGCCAAUGGCACCACUAAACAAGCCAAUGGAAACGACGGCAAUAAGAAGGCAUCCAACAAGAAUGCCACCGCCAAUGGAGAUGCUGGAGGUGGUCCGAUGAAUGCAAGAGUGAUCGACUUGCAGCGACAACAUGGUAUCUCCAUGGAGAUGGCUGCGAAUGCCAUGAUCGCGCAGUCCUUGGCCGCUGACACGUCUCCCGAUGCUGGAGCAGAGUUUUUAUGGCUUAAGCUUGAUUUGGUUUAGAUUUUUACUACUACAUUGGCUGUUUCUGACUCCGUCAGUCUACUUUUGGAACACCUGAAUAGUCGCUGAGGGUUCUAUCGUAAGAACCUAAGUUACUGCAGCCUCUAAUAAAAACCGAAGUAGCUGGAUCGAAAAAGAAGAAAAAAAAAGUUGACGAUGGCUGGGAAACGGUUCAGAGGAAGGGGAAGAAGUAGGGUGCUGUCACUGUGACGCUGGAUAGCUAAAUUGUAGAUGGAGGUACAGAAACCGAAAUGAUGUCAAGAAAAGGUCUAGUUCGAAGAAAUUUGGAUCGUCAGAGCCGAUAUGUUGAUUUUUACUACUGUAACCCAAUUUUUUCGCACCCCGAUAGCACCAGACGUCUAUCAAAAAUAGCUGCACUGCUGCAUACCAGUGCAUGAUAGAUUUUCCAUCUGUUUGUUUCCUCAUCCCUGCAGGAAAUUCUCAAAGUGUCCUCACGCCACCCCACAUCGAUAUUCACAGGCGUUACGAAUGAAUUGCAUGAUACACUGUGACCGUAACGGUUCACAUUUUGUGAUAUGUUUUUUAUCGUAUCUAUAAAGACUGCAAAGACUUUCAGUCUCAUACAGGAAACUAUCUGCUCUGCAGAGAUCAAGAGUAUGUCAAAACCGUUGUGCGC